GGCGCGCCGGCCCGCACUGCGCAGCCGCGGAGGGAGGCGCAGGCCGCGCCGCGGGGAAGGUGCCGGCCGAGCGGCGCAGACGGCGCCGAGAAGAUGAUGAGCGUGGUGGGUGGCGGCCGUCGUCCCAAGGCGCAAGUGUCCCGCCGCAUCUCCUUCAGCGCGAGCCACCGGCUGCACAGUAAAUUUCUAAGUGAUGAAGAAAACUUGAAACUGUUUGGGAAAUGCAGCAAUCCAAAUGGCCAUGGGCACAAUUAUAAAGUUGUGGUGACAGUACAUGGAGAGAUUGACCCUGCUACGGGAAUGGUUAUGAAUUUGACUGAUCUCAAAAAACAUAUGGAGGAGGCAAUUAUGCAGCCCCUUGAUCAUAAGAAUCUGGAUAUGGAUGUGCCAUACUUUGCAGAUGUGGUGAGCACGACUGAAAAUGUAGCUGUUUAUAUCUGGGACAACCUCCAGAAAGUUCUUCCUGUAGGAGUUCUUUAUAAAGUAAAAGUAUAUGAAACUGACAAUAAUAUUGUAGUUUAUAAAGGAGAAUAGCUCUUAAGGUUAGCAUUGUAGAAAGCCCAAUUUCCUUCUGUGUUUGAAAAAGAUCUUGAUCCCCUUGGAAUACUAGGAGGUCAGCAUGUGGUUGUUAUACCUCCACGUUGUGCUCUGGAGUCCCUAUUUAUUGAAAUCAUUGUAAGACCUGUUAUAAAUGUAAGUCUGUUUUAAAAACUAAACUUGUAAUAUAUCCUGAAAAUCAUUUAGAGAGUCUUUAUUUAUAAAUUAAAAAUCACUUCAUUAUCAG